ACGACUACACACAGUCAUCAUGGUCAUGUGAAUCGAACCACUUUCGAUGAAAUGCAUCUACACUAUGUAAAUGACCUAUCGGAUAGUCUAGUCUAGCAGCGUUUCUGCUAUAGCGCUAGCGUUACCAACUAAAACUAACUAGUCUUUGUUCAUCUCACCAGGAACUACCUUUACUUUUUCUUGUCUCGCCAAGAACCAGACGUUCAGGGCAGGAGCUACUGUCCCUCGCUACCACGACACGAGCAGUGCUGGCAUCCGACUUCGAUUGUCUCUGCCUGCUGGUGCAGAUAUGAGUACUCAGGAGCGCCAUGCCUCUGCUUGCUCUAAGCGUCUUCCUUGUGGAGACUGGUGUGGAGGAAUUGCUGGGGAGGAGAAGUGCCUGCCAUGCCUGCAAAGUCCAUGUUGCGACAGCAAUCAGGCGUCAGCCACCGCCGCUGCCGCCACUUCCACCGCCAAUACCACUGGCACUGCCUGCAGCAGCAGCACUGUUAGCAGUACCGAUGACAACACCGGUUGCAACAACAGCGGUGCUAAUGGUGGCGUGACUGAACUGGCACGGGCAGUUCAUUACACUGCCGGCGAUGCAUGUGCCAUUUGCUAUACAGACGCGCUAGGCGAGGCUCCAGCCAUUCAGCUUUCCUGUGGACACAUCUUUCACAAGCAUUGCUGCGACACGCUACUGGAUAAGCGUUGGAGUGGCCCCAGGAUGAGCUUCCAGUUCAUGAAAUGUCCCAGCUGCGAGGAUCGCUUCAUGGAGCAUCCGUCACUGGCUACGCGCACUAUUCCCAUGAUCGGAUUGUUUGAGAGGGUGAAGGAGAAGGCACUGUUUCGGUUGCAAGUUGACAAGGAGCUGGAAAACGAGGCCAUUACCAACCCAUGCAGCGAGUUCUACCGGAAGCCGGCUGAGUAUGCCAUGAAGCGCUAUGCGUACUACCUCUGCCAUGACUGUGAGAGGCCUUACUUUGGCGGUGAAGCUCAGUGUGCAGUACAAGUUGUCGGAGCAGAGUUUGACCCUCGGGAACUUAUGUGUGGCCACUGCUCCAAUGUCCGAGGUGUAGCGGUGUGUCCGAAGCAUGGAACGGACACCAUAGGGUACAAAUGUCGCUACUGCUGCACUCUCGCCGUCUACUUCUGCUUUGGAACGACUCAUUUUUGUCCAAUAUGUCAUGGCGCGCAUGGGAGACUGAGAUCCCAAACCGAAUUUCCCUCCUGCCCCGUAGGGCCCGAGUGUAAGAAGCUGGAAGGAGUGCCGUGUCCGCUUGGAAUCAAGCACCCUCCAACGGGCGAGGAGUUUGCCAUUGGCUGUGUGGUGUGCUUGGAUUUGCCAUGAUGCUAGGUCCUCCUCAGUUUUGUGUCUAAUCAUCAGUCCCAUCACCAGGCCUACUUGAAUACUUCAGUGUACUGUGUAUUAUAAUCAUGUAGACCAGGCUGGACUUGGCUGUGGAAAAUGCAAACGGAACGAGGGUAACAAACCACUAUCACACAUUUCGUCUUGAAUUUUCCUGUAUGAGAGUGGCUCAUCGGUAUACCUUAACAAGGGCUGUGCUCUGUUUACCCAUAUCUACGGUUGCAAGUUAUCACUGACCAGUCCAAUGCACUCAGUAUUGCACAUCAAGUGGCAACACUUUGCCUCAUAUUCUCAAUUGUUUCUCCGUGCCUUCUUUUCAAUGCUGAAAGUGUUUUUUUGGGAGACUCUUGAGUCUUGAUAAAAUAUGCUACUCCACAGAGGAGUCCAUGCUAUGUAUUUGCUUACUAGACCAUUUAAAAUUGUACUAGCUUAGCCGGCUGCGGAUGCUGCUACUAUCGUA